AUCAAAUCCCCUCGAAAUUUGCUGUUAAUAAGCUCUAGUCAACCUAGACGUCGGUGCAAAGAAUUAUAAUGCCCCUGGUUUUGUGGUCUUUUCUCGGAUCGGAGGCAUAUCGCGCAGGUGCCCAGAGCCAUAUGAAUGUUUCCUGGCCCACAUUAUAAAGAAGGAAAAGGCAACUCGUAUUGUGGAUCGUCAAGAACCUCAUUCACAACACUUGACACCAUGUUAUCCGCCUCGAAGUUCUUCCCCCUUCUCUUUUUGUUACCGUAUACCUUUGCAGCUCCGGCCGUAAACCUCGAAACGAGGGGUGCUAGUGCAACAUUUUGCGGUCAAUGGGACACGUCGACGUCCGGGAAUUACGAACUCUUUCUUGACCAAUGGGGUCUUUCCGGUGCCUCGUCCGGCUCAGAUUGCGCCUCUAUCACAUCCCUUAGCGGAAAUACCAUCGCGUGGACUACUGUUUGGGAGUGGGUAGGCGGAACAGGGGUGAAGAGUUUCACCAACAUACAGCUCAAUGCCGGCAUAAAUCAACAAUUGAGCGCUAUCAGUACUAUUCCAAGCACAUGGAGCUGGAAACAAACAUCUUCAGGCACUGUUGUGGCAGACGUUGCUUACGAUAUGUUCACCUCGUCCUCCGCGGGUGGCUCUGCUACAAAUGAAAUCAUGAUCUGGCUCGCGAACUACAAUGCGGGCCCUAUUUCAUCAUCCUACAAUUCUGCUGGACAGCCAAACCCUGUCGCUACGGGGAUCUCUCUCGCUGGACAGACCUGGAACCUGUACAGCGGAUCGAACGGCGCUAACGCCGUCUGGUCGUUUCUUCCCUCUGCCUCCGGAACCACGAUCACCAGCUUCAGCGGAGAUAUCAAAACUUUCUUCACUUACCUCAUUGAGCACGAGGGCCUUAGUUCUUCGCAGUAUCUCACUACACUCCAAGCUGGCACAGAGGCUACCUCUGGUUCAGCUACUCUCACCACGACUGCGUACAGUGUGGUGAUCAACUAGGAUAAUUGAGUAUACUAUGAAGGACAUGUUGAAUUUUGGGAUCGUGUUUGUAUUUGUAUCAAAUUCACUAUUUCAACUACUGUGAGGGCGUUGGUACAUUGAUUCAUUCACCUCGAAGUUGAAAUGCAAUCCACUGCUUGCCUUUGUCACCUAUCUUAUCAAUGAACCAGCCAUAUUAAU